GAGAGGCUGUGGCUGCGGUCGCUCUCGCUUGCCGGAAGACGGUGAACCGAGCCGUUCCUCGAGCCUGUUCCUUGAGGGGUCCGGCUCUCUCUUGUCUCUCUCCGUCUCUAGCCCAGCUGCUUCUGCCUUGAGCUCUGGCUCGCUCUCUCUCUUCGUGCCAGGAACGCAGAGCUCCAGCCCUGUAGAGCCGUCCACUCCCUGCACGUCCCCGCGCCACGAAAACCAAAUAAACUCGCUUGUAGGGUUGCACGCGGUUACAGUUAAUGCAUGUGGAGAAUCCUGAGCCCGCAGAAAGGGAAAUACGGCUGCAGCACUCCAGAAUAGCCUGGCAGUGUCAGUUGUGCCUGCUGCACCAAUGAAGACAAAGAUGGUUAUGGACAGGAUCACGAGGGUGUUACGGAUGGUAAAGCAAUGCAAUAACGCGCUGAAGAUUUAAAAAUCAGCUGGAUACGCUUGACAGAAUCAUUUUUACCUUUCUGUCCUUUUCUAAUGAAUUUGGGAGGCUCGGUAUCUUCCUCCUUUUCUAGGUGUCUUCGUCAUUUGAGACUCUGAAAAUUUAGAGUCUAGCUUCUAUAUUUCAUUACCACCUAUUGGGCAUAAAUUAAACAGAACAAAGUGCCGCUCUGGGCCAAACACCGUUGUAGAUUUUACAGGGAAAGUGUUUUCAUCACGAGUAAAAAGAAUGAAGCCAGGACAAGUUUUGAGUGCACUGACAGGCUUUCGUUUCAUUAAACGUUGCUUACUAGAGUUCAAGGUCAGCCUGGAUUGGUUACUUAGGCCACCAACUGGAGCUAUGGGGCCAGAACCUACCUGCUUACACACACACAGAGUUGGGGGAGGGGGGAACGGGGGGAAAAAGAAAUAGAAAAGAAACCAGAAAAAAAGCAGAGGCAAGAGGGGAAGAAGUCAAAAAGAUAAGGGGAGAGGAAGGAAAUGGCUGUGAGUGGUGUCCCGCUGAAAUUCCAGAGUUCUUUUACCUGUGAUCUGACCUAGCACUAGGUCACCUUUUCAGCUCUUCCAUUACUCUGCAGGCAGGCUGCUAAGGUGAAACCCUAACCUUACCGCACAGUGUACCUGCACCCCAGGCAAGUUAAUUGGCCUUCUAUGGAGUGAUAAAAAUAGCACCUAUUCUGAGGAUUAGAAGAGAGUUCCGAGUAAAAUGCUUACUACACUGAUAGCCAUAUAGUGUCUGACAGACGGGACCGCGAUGGCCAGUGACAGCUGUGGCAGAAUUAAUAAAAAUUAAAUAUAUCCGCUACUAGUCUAGUUCUUGUUUUCCAUUUGAAGGCUUAGCAAUGUUGUCACAAGAUUUUUACCAAAAGGAAUAUAUCUCAAAGGUAAUUUCUUUCCAUUUGUGUAACACAAGCUUUACACAACAACAAAAGGUUAUCUGAAAGGUCCUUUUUUAGUCUUUUGUGAGGGAGCAAUCACCUCCACAUAUUUUUAUUCAGAGUCAUCUACUAGUGGAUUUCACACAGAUGUGUGCUAAAAAACCAGUAGUAUCAAUUCAGUUUAUGUUUAUAUCAUUUUUCUACAAAACAUUUUCUGGAAUGUCUCAAGCAUAUACUUCCCCUAGUUUAAUUACUAUGUACUUGGUAUUCUAUGUUGAUUUUACUUUUCAAUGAUGGUGGCUACUCCACAUUGUAAAUAAGUUACAUUUAUAAAUAGACAGUUUAUGAAAAUGAAGUCAAGUCUAUGGAUAUCUCUUAAAAUAGUUUAAUAACUUAGAAGGUUUAUAAAAGCUUUCUUUUUGUAUUUAAUUCUUGAAGUGUUAGGUUAUAAGUUUACAACAGUAUAACAUUAGUUUAAGAUUCUGGGCAAGAAGUCAUAUCAUUAGAGCUGACAAUAAAGUUUGUCAAUAAAGAGAAAAAAUGUGCAAGAGGACACCAGAGUCUCCUUUUCCUGCAGGGAAUCCUAACCUUUGCUCUGUAUUUGUGUGCUAUUGUGGCUUUGUGGGUUCUACAAAGGUACUGUUAAUAACAAUUAUUUUAUUUUUGGUUUUUUAGUGGUGUGCAGUAAUUGUCUAAAAUACUAGUGUCAUUAUAGGCUUUCUUGUACGUCUACACUCAGCUCAGCAUUUUUAACUCAGUUAACUGAGGAUGGACCUCAGUGGUGAGCUGCUAAAUCAAUCAACAGACUUCAAGGCUGAACUCUCGGGAGGUCCACAGGAUACUCCGAUGAACACCUGUGUCCAUGGCAGCAAGGUCAAUGGGAGGUGUCUUGAGCACACGGGCUAUCCCCACACAACAGUGGGUGGCAGUGCUACCCUUCCAGAGAUGAGGCCGGUAAUAAAUAAAUAAAUAAAUAAAUAAGCACCUGAUAAGACUAAGAACAUUUGUUUAUGCUCAUGUAAGCAAAAUCAACAUGUCAGUUUCCUGUACCUUAAAUUUCCCUGGGACAGUAUCCUGCAUCCCUGGGGUUAAGAUAACAGGUGUUAUGUGUGUUCCCUCUGGGUUAAGGAACCAACUCUGACGGACUUCAGCAUACAGUGCUGCAACCUUUAACACAGGAACCCACUACACCGUAAGGCAGAAUGGGAAGGAAGGCAAGUGAAAGGGAAAAAAACAGACAGUCUCAACUGAAAUCAGAGAAAUGGAUGAAUGACAGUCUUGGGGAGUCUCCUGGGUCUCUGGCAUCUGAUGGAGCACGACAACUCAGAAAAGAGAUCUUGAACACUCUGGAUAUCUAUCAUCCCAGCACAAGAGAGACUGAGGCAGGAGUAUCACAAAACGGAGGCUAGCCUGAGAUAGAGUGAAUCCAAGGACAACUUGGGAUACUAUCUUUAAAAUAAAUAGACAUUCCAGAUAAAAAGAGAGCAGUGUGACUUCCCUGUACGAGUUUUUUUGUUUGUUUGUUUGUUUGAUGUAUUUACCUUUAGUUUAUGUAUAUUUGGUGGGGUUUGCCUGCAUAUAUAUAUCUAUGUGAGAGUGACCAAUCUUGGAGUUACAGACAGUUGUGAGUUGCCAUAAGGGUACUGGGAUUUGAACCUGGGUCCUCUGAAAGAGCAGUCAGUACCCCUAACCACUGAGCCAUCUCUCUGGCCCCACCACUAGUUUCUUUCAAGGACUAGUAUCAAAAGGUCUCAGCUCAGGAUGCAGAUGGGCACUCAGUAGCCACUACUAAGCUACCCAAGCCCAUUCAAUGCCCUGCUCAGUGUUCGGAGGGUAACCUUUGCCCUUGUAUCCCACCAUGCACUCCCCACAUUCAGGGUCACAUGCUGCCCAGAUCUUUGCUCUACAAAUGGCUUUUGUUUUGUAGUUAGAAAUUGGUUAAUAUCACCACCAAAAACUAAUCAAAAGGGAAGAAAAGCAAGAGUGACACGAAAAGGUAGCAGAUAUUUUCUCAAAUACAUUUUACUCAAAACCGAGUUAGAAAAUUUGGGGGCUUGCAUUGCUCAAUGUUCAAAAGCAGUUUCUCUAAAUAAGGGAUUUCUUUCCUUCUGUCUCUUUCCCACAGAUCUGUUUUAAUUAGGCAGAAACAAAUUCCUCUGAGCUGGAAUCUUUGUCCAGGUCUCUGGAAGUGUAACAAAAUGGUUCACAGCUUCAUCCAGGGACCUUGCAGACUCCAGGUUUGAGCCAAGAGCAGAGAGGUAAUCUUGCGAUCUUCUCUUGGGGAAAAGGCUCUGCAGGUCCAGGCCACCGCUCAGCCACGCCCUCCAGUUUCUGUGACGGAUUAAAGUCGUCCAUUCCCAGAGCGGGACCUAUAGGAGAGACCGGAGGAGGAGCGCAGCUCUUUAAGAAAGCGGCCAAGCCGGGAGAAACUGGGACCCUGAGCGGAGACCCUCAACCCACAGCAGUCUGCACCUCAGCACCAUGUCCCUGCAGGCUGAUUUUGACCAGGCUACCCAAGACGUGAGGAAGCUGAAAAGCAGACCGGAAGAUGAAGAGCUCAAAGAACUCUACGGCCUGUACAAACAGUCCAUCGUGGGAGACAUCAACAUAGCGUGUCCAGCAAUGCUAGAUUUGAAGGGCAAGGCCAAGUGGGAAGCAUGGAACCUCCAAAAAGGGCUGUCGAAGGACGAUGCCAUGACUGCUUAUAUUUCCAAGGCAAGAGAGCUGAUUGAGAAAUACGGAAUUUAGAAUUUGCCAGAGGAGACAGAUCUCCUUCGGAAGCCUUCCUAUGAGUUAGUAACUCUGAAUCACGCAUAUUUUUUCUAUUAGCAUGAAUUAGAAUAGUUGGGUCAAUAUAUGUAAACAUAGUUUGUGAUUUUGCUUGCUUCAGCAAGGUGGCUUUAAAAGGAUCCUUUUCAAAAAGUCCCUUUGUAGUAUGCAACUUUAAUAAACGCCUGUUUUGUUUGCUGCA